UGAAAUAUCCAACAUGGAUACUAUUAAACUUCAGAGUAUGGCAAAAUCAAUAGAAUUUGAACGUUUAGCACACGCUCACCUUUGUGAAAUAGUUGAAGAUCUAAGUACUGCCUUUGGACCUUGCCUUAUUAUAUAUUUCUUUUUUUUGUUUUAUGAUCAUUUGAUACGUUUUUUCUUAUACAUGUAUUUGAUUCCAUAUAUUAAUGUUGAUGAACUAUCAAAAAAUCCUGGACACUAUUUUUAUGAAUUGUUGAUAUUUUUUUUGUACAAUUGGACAGGACUAUACCUAAUUGCCUUACUUUCUGAUAAAUUAACACUGACAAGUAAAAAAAUGUUGGUUUAUUUGAGAUGUGUACCAGUAUGGAAAAUGCCUAAAAAUUGUGUUGAUCAGAUAAAUUUUUUUACGUGUCAAAUACAAAAUUCGAAUACUAAAAUUACGGCUUCUAAGCUUUUUACAGUGAAAAAUUCUAUUAUAUCAUCAAUUUUCAUGGCAUUGGUAACAUAUAUUAUUGCAUUGAUACAACUAUCACAAGAUAUAAAAAAAUCAUUAAUUAAAAUAAAAUAUUUUGAUAACUAAAUAUUGUUGUUCCGAUGAAACUCAUUGGUUAAUACAAAUAUCACCAUAUGUUCAAAUAAUUUUCCAAAAUUUAUUGUAAAUCUAAUUGAAAUAAAUGGAAAAAUAAUUCUGAAACGAAUUUGAAGUUUAAUACUUAAAUGAAUGAACAAAAACAUUGAUCAUCAUUUAUGGAUUAAUAAAUUUCCUUUACCUUUAAAUAUUGGUACCAUAAUACUAUUGCUACAUUAAUUUGGGAUUUUUCUCUCUAAAAAGAUUUUAUUUAAAAUUUCCUUCAACCACCUUAUGCCAACUCUGCCUAAUAUUUCCGAUACUUUUACUGGCACUUCAUAUGGUCCUACUGCUUGAUUCUUUUUCAUUGAUUACAUUUAUUACAUUUAACACUUUUUCCUAGAAAAUCAAUUUUACAACUAUAAUUCUACGAUUUAUCCUAGCUACUACUAUUACUUUAUUUUUCAUUUCAACAUCCAUAAUUAUCUCGACACCAUUCUUUGUAAUAGACUUACGAAUUUCUGUUGUUUUUCAUUGUAUGUUACAAUUGACCUGUUUCCUUACUGACUGAACACUAUAUACAUAAAGAAUGUAUGUGUACAGAUAUACAUUUGUCAGUGUCGCUAACUCGUUUCACCUGUUUAUUCCAAUGAAAUCCAGAGCCCCUCAAGAGAAGUUUUUACUACAUAAAAUGUUUUGUUUUCCUAAUUGAUGUACACUGUGUUUUGUUACAUAAUAAUUAAAAAUUUAUUAUUUUUAUAUUAUACGCAAUAAUAAUUUAAAAUCUAAAUUAUAAUUACAUGAUCAAUAGAUUCUUUAGAUAACUUCCAUAUUGGUAUAC